AUGGCUAGGUUCCUCAUCUUCCUAGCAUGGCUGCCGGUGCUCUCAAACAGCGCCAAAACUCACAUCACGGUGCGAACUGUGAAGGAAGAGCUGAAAGUCGAAAAUGUUGAGCACCCGAAGGAUGGCGUGAUCGUGCGCAUCAUUGAUCCUCCUCAGAACAAGGCAUCGUCUUCGCACGAGUCUGAGACUGAGCAUGAAGCCGAGGAGUCGGCAAGCACCGUCAAAGAGCAUGAAGAUCACGGUAGUGAUGGGCAUGAGAGCCAUGACGAUGCUGAGACAGAGCCAGAACACGCAGUUGAAAGCAAGAGCGCGGCAGACCACGGUCAUGGCCAGGAACACGGCCAGGAGCACGCACACAAGGACGAUGAUCAUGCGCAACAUGAAGACGGCGACGUAUCGCAUGGCCAGAAAGGAGCUCAUGAUGGGCACGCAGAACACGAGGAGUCUUCCCACCAGACCGAGGCAGCGCAUGCAGAGCAAGGCCAUGAGCAUUCCGAUCACGGACAUGGACACGGGCACCCCGCCGGGCAUGGGGGACACGCUGACGGUGGACAUGGCCACGGAGAAGAGGGUCAUGCACACGAAGGGCAUGGCCAUGCUCCCGAUGAGAAGACGCUGACAGCAUCCUACAUGCUCAUCGGGGGUGUUACACUUGUCAUGGCUAUGUUCUAUCUUGUGCAACAUCCCGAUCUUGACAUCAGAUACUACAGCUGGAACAUUCUCACUCUGUCCGCUUGCAUUUUCAUUGCCGUGCUUGCUUCUGAUGUUGUCAACCAGGUGGCAAAGCGGUUCUUGUUUUCUCACAUACCUAUGGGUGCUUGGGGCAAUGCUGGACUCUGCUUUGGCUUGGCCAUCAUGUGGUUCCUUUGCUCGCAACUUGUGACUGCUGCCUUGAGCGGUGCCUUUGGCGAGGAGGCGAAGGAGCCGAAGGAGGCUUCAAGCGAAGAGGAGCGCCGAGAGCUUGAGGAACUCUGGGAGCAGCGGGAGGUUGCGAUGAAAUGCUGGGGCGGUCUGGUGGCGCAUUGUGCUGGCUUCGCAAUCGUUGCGACGUUGGCCUCUUUGCAGGACUCUGAACCCUUCGCCAGCUCACCUUUCAUGUCUUUGCUGGUGGUUCCAGGCGCUCUUGUGCUGGUCACACUUUUGUACCGCCUAGCAGCACUCAUCAGAAAGAAAAUCAGUGAAAUGGACGACGGAGUUGUCAGCCGCGGGGAGGCACUCUGGGAUGAAAUCUCGGAGGAAGCCGAGAACGAGUCACUUUGUCUGGGGCUGUCGUUCGCUUCCGUCCGCAGCAUCAGUUUCUUUGCCAUUGGUGCGAUGCCCGACACUCACUUCCAUAUCUAUGCCGAUGUCCCCUCGGAAGAUUGGCACCGUGGCUGGAUGGUUCUGUUUGCAGUUUCCAUCGGCUCCAUGAUCUUAGGCAUUGCAACCUUCAAGUUGAAGGAGAAGCUGUUCGGCGGGCAUGGUCACGAUCACGGUCAUGAGAGCCACCAGCACGGCUCCCCACACGAGCUCGACGAAGCACAGAAUGUGGCAGACGAAGAUGAUAUUCGCGUGCGAGCAUUGCUGCUCCUCACCGAGACAUUCAUCAUGAUGUUUUCGUGGGGCAUGCUCUCGUGUGCCGUCGCCAUGUUGAAUGCAUUCAUGCCAGAGCUUGAGCACCAUCUGAUUGGCCACCUGAUUGUGGCGCUCGUCGUCUCUGCCUUGUCAUGCUUGAUGUUACUGUGCCUGGACAAAGUGGCAGAUGCAAUGAAAGGUAGCAGCGGCUCGGAAUCCACGCUACACAUCAUUAACCACAUCAUCCUUGCCCACGGCUUGCUCAUCGGCAUCAGCUGGGAGGUGUGUUUUGCCCUGGGCAUGCAUGCCAUUAGCCACGUCAUGGAUGGCCCCAACGUCGACAUUUACUUGGCUGUCUUCCUGUGCCUCGUGGUUGUGCCGGCAUACCGCUGGUUUAUGCUGCCAGAGCUGAGAACACGAGAGGCCAGUGAAAAGGGUGAAGUCCGCCUGGAGUCCGCUGUUCUGCCUUGCACAGGCUACGCCGGGCGGUGCAUCCAGGGAAGCACGGUUGGCUUACCUCAGGCGCUUCUAGUCGCUUCAGGCGUCGGGCAAGUACUUUCGAAGUACUGCACAAGUGCUGCUCUUGCCGCCGGCCUGUCCUUUCCUGUGGCCACCAUGGCCAAGUCUGCAAAGAUGCUUCCGGUUAUGAUCGGAUCCCUUCUUUUGGGACAAGCCAAGUUUACGCUUCGCCAAUAUCUGCAAGCUCUAGCCAUCGUUGCCGGGACAAGUAUCGUUUCGCUCUCGGAAGGACGAAGCAAGAAAGUCGGCGGCAGCACCACGAUCGGGCUGCUCUUCAUAAUGAGCGCUUUGUGUUUCGAUGGAGUGGUUAGCGGCGUCCAGCAAAGACUGAAGGUUCAGUGCCGGAAGGAAUACAAGGAGGUCCGUCCGUACGACCUUAUGUUUUGGACAAACCUGUACAUGGCAGUCACAUCUAGCCUCUUCGCAGUUCGGUCAGAGCUUCGCGAGGGUCUGACAUUCUGCUUCGCGAACCCGAAUUUCGCUCGGCAAGUUGUUCAAUUCUCCAUAUGUGGGGCCUUGGGCCAGGCCAGCGUCUUCUACACAAUUGCAAACUUCGACAGUGUGGUCUGCGCAGCGGUGACUACAACCCGCAAGUUGCUGUCGGUGCUGAUUUCUGUGUUGGAAGGUGGCGGCUUGCCCGUGAUGGGUUGGCUUGGCAUCGGCGUGUCCUCGCUUGGCAUUGCAGGUGAACUUGACCGAUCUUGA